GCGCCGACGGCGGCCGAUCGGGCGGGCGCCUCCGUCAGCGCCUCGGAGCCUGGCGCCCAUUUUGCCAGCCUGCUGAGGAGCCCUGCGCGGCCUACACGCUCAGCGGACAGCCGUUGGACGGGGAUCGCUGCUCGCGCCGGCCUCUUGAGCCAGGGGGACCAGUUUUUGAAAUUCGGUCCUUAAACAGUUAAGGUUUUGUUUUAUUUGGUUUUAUUUCUAAGUCACAGCCCCCGAAUCUGGUCAAACUUCGGGCCACUUCCUGGUCCCCGACCUCCGCUUGUAACUUCGCUUCGGGGCGACCUCAGCCGCGGGAUGCCCUUUAGCUGGUCCCAGGCGCCCGUCUGGCCCAGCUGGUGGGGCCGGGGGUAGGGAGCCUGGAAGUGUUAGCCGAGCUGCCUUAGAAGCGGAGUAAUUAGCCCAAGAAACAUUCUAUUCAUUUUUCUGGAUAUGCCACAGAAGGAUCCGUGCCAGAAACAAGCCUGUGAAAUACAGAAAUGUUUACAAGCCAACAACUACAUGGAAUCUAAAUGUCAGGCUGUCAUCCAAGAACUGCGUAAGUGUUGUGCUCAGUACCCCAAGGGAAGAUCUGUCGUCUGUUCGGGAUUUGAAAAAGAAGAAGAAGAAAAGCUGGCACUCAAGUCUGAAUCAAAGUAAAGUUCUGCUGAGAAGCUAGAUGCUGCUCCACAUUUACACCAAUCUCUUUAUCCUCCUGGCUCUUUCUUCAGGCCAGGUAGCAGCAAAAAACACAUGAAAAGGUCAACUAUGAAAGUUAAUAAAUAUGACAUCUAUGUAGAACAGACAAAAUAUAUAUUAAAAUAAAAACGUAGAAUGUAAUGAAAUAAAAAAUACGAAGAAUGUAAUAAAACUGAGCUGCUAAAAUAAA